AUGGCCGAUGUAAACUUUUUUUCAAGCUUAGCAAAAAAGAGUUUUUUACGACCACAUACCUCUACAUUACCUGGAAGAGUUAAACCGGUAGAAUCAAAGACAGGAGCUACAAAAUUGGUGAUUGGUGCAAAAUAUUCUUAUGGACAAAUCGUAUCGAAUAAUUCUGAUGAUUUAAGCUAUUUACAAUCUCAGUCAUCACAAUCGAUAUCUUCGCCUCGUCGUGAACCAUCCCCAAAUCCUUCUGGAAAUAUGGAUUCUAAUCGGUCGAUACUCGUUGAGAAAAGUUCCAUUGGACUCAAACCUGAUAUCGCUUUAUUAAUUCGAGAUCCUAUAAAGGCAAUUAGUUCGCUGAAUUUUUCAAACGUGAUUAUAGACCGUUUAAAUAAUGAAUCUCCAAGACGUCUUAAUAUAUUCAAAGAUGUAUUACAAAGUGCAAAUAUUGAUUUAACUGAACUCAAAAAAAACAGUUGGAUAGGCAUACCAGAUGAGUUGAGAUCUAUAACAUGGCAAUUACUUUUGGAAUACCUUCCCUGUAAUGCUGAUCGUCAAGUUAAAACUUUGGCGCGAAAAAGGAAAGAAUAUAUUGACCUUAUCUCACAAACAUAUUCUAAAGGAAUUGCUGGAUUGAAUCAAACUAUUUGGCAUCAAAUUCAUAUUGAUGUGCCUCGAACAAACCCUGGUAUCGCUCUUUAUCAAUAUGAGACUACUCAGCAGUGUUUGGAACGUAUACUUUAUCUCUGGUCAGUCCGACAUCCUGCAAGUGAAUAUGUUCAGGGAAUCAAUGAUCUUGUCACUCCAUUUUUCCAAGUCUUCCUCUCUUUCUAUAUUGAUGAAAAUCCAGAAAACUAUGAUACUAGCAACCUCCCAAAAGAUGUUUUGGAUGUGAUUGAGGCAGAUAGUUAUUGGUGCUUAUCUAAAUUACUUGAUGGUAUUCAGGACAAUUAUACAUUUGCGCAGAGUGGUAUACAAAGGCAAAUUAAUAAAUUAAAAGACUUAAUUAACAGAAUAAAUGCACCACUUGCAGCUCAUUUACAAGAGGAAGGUGUUGAAUAUAUUCAAUUUGCCUUCAGAUGGAUUAAUUGUUUGUUAAUGCGGGAAAUGUCAUUAAAACAUAUAAUUAGAAUGUGGGAUACUUAUCUUGCGGAAGGAUCAGAAGGAUUUUCGGGAUUUCAUUUGUACGUUUGUGUAGCAUUUCUAAAUAUAUGGUCAGAUAAAUUAAAGUCUAUGGAAUUUCAGGAAAUCAUGAUAUUUUUACAAUCAUUGUCUUUAUCGACAGCUUAUUGGACAGAAGAAGAUAUUAAGGUGUUAUUAGCAGAAGCAUUUAGAUUAAAAAGUUUAUAUCAUGAAGCACCAAAUCAUCUAUCAAGGGUUUAA